UUGGUGUUCCAAUCUUGUAGCAGAAUGUCUUAACUCUGUCAACUGUUUCGCCUAUUUCAUAAUGUCGAGUGAGGAGCCUGUUACAGCCAAUGAAAUAGAAGAUACCCCAAAUGGUACCACUGGAACAUCCAGUAACCACCAGCCAAUUUCAUGGAGAAACAAUCCUCACAGGUUGUUGACUGUGGAAAUAGUCAUUUUCCUUUAUCUCACUGGUAUCAUUUUGGAAAUCCCAGUUAUACAACAGUACUUAUAUCACAGAGCUAGGGAAGAACUGAAAGUACCUGGAGAAGAUGAAAAUGAUACCAUCUGUAAUCCUCGUUAUGAAAAUAGUUCUGAACAUAGCAUGGAUGAUAAAGUGCACAAAAAAGCCUCACAAUACAUUUUAUGGGUGAGCAUGGCACUUACACUCCCUGCCAUAUUCACGGCUUGUUUCCUUGGUUCAUGGUCAGACAAAAGGGGACGAAAGGGACCCAUGAUAACUGCAUCUGUUGGAAGUGCUUUGGAUGCCUUGAUUAUUCUGGCAGCAAUUCAUUGGAAACUUCCAAUCUAUGUCUUUAUGAUAGCAAGUGCAUUGGCUGGCCUAGGUGGUUAUUAUCCUACUAUGGUUCUUGCACUGCUUGCGUAUGUUGCAGAUACAUCCCCACCAGAUUCCAGAGCUCUAAGGCUUGGUAUUCUAGAAGCUAUUGCAUUUAUUUGUGGAACAGUAGUGUAUUUUGUCAGUGGAGUAUGGAUCAAGAAUUAUGGCUACCAGUCUAUAUAUCUGGUGAUACUGUCUUUACAUUUACUCAAUCUUGUGUAUGUUGUAAUCCUUCUCCCUGAAUCAUUACCCCAGGAACUAAAGAAGAACAAAGCAGUCUUAUCCUGCAAUAGUAUUAAAACCAUUUUUACAGUUUACUUUAAGAAGAGAUUGGGACGUUGGGUCCUCAUCACUCUCCUCAUCUGUGCAGUUGUUGUUUACUUAGCUGGAUUUGUUGUACAAACAUUGUUGGUUCUCUUUGGUAAGAGAGACCCUCUCUGCUGGGAGUCAUCUGUUAUUGGUUAUUUUCUUGGGACAGCAUUGUUUUCGAAAGCUGUUGGAGCUGUGGUUGGUAUCAAACUUUGUUCAUGUUUAGGCGUUUCAAACUUUGGUGCUGUUCAAAUUGGAAUUAUUUUUCUCAUGGGGAGUUUAAUAAUGAUUGGAUUUUCUAGGACCACAUUGGAAAUGUUUUUAGCCACCAUUGUUGGUUUCUUUAGUGGUGUCCCACAGCCUUGUAUCAGGGCUGAAAUGUCCAGGUUGGUCAACAAAGAGGAGCAAGGUUCUCUUUUUGCUGUUCUAGCAUCUCUGGAGAGUCUGUGUAAUUUUUUUAGUCAGCUGAUUUUUAAUCCACUUUACACAUGGACUGUAACUGAACUCACAGGAGAAUAUGUGGCAGGAAUUACCUUCUUCAUCAAUGCUGGUCUUCUUCUCAUUCCUAUGGCUCUUAUUUUGGUCAUUCAGAGGAGUAAACCUUCAAAGCCAAAGGAAUUUCCUCCUCUUCUUGACAAUGAAAAUCCAGCAAAGUCAUACAGCAAGCAGGAAAGGAUCUAACUUCAAGUCAUCUGGUCUCAGUUGUUGAAAUGGUGCAUAAUGCAGUAUAUUUUGUCAACAUUUAUCAGCUGAAUACUUAUUGAUAUCUGUUGAAUAGCAUUAUCCACCCUUUUAAUUACUGGGCCUUGCUAUGCUAACAUGAAAAACACAGAUAUGUAUAACCAAAAACUGAACGUCAAAAGAUGGUUUAACCAACUAUCUUGCUGCUUUAUUUGCAUCACAAUUGUCUGAGAACUGAUUCCAUUUUGUGUGUAAACACUUAGCUAUUAUCCUUUCAAUCUACACAAUGUUAGAUGUCUUUUGCUAUUAGAGCAGUUUUCAAUGGAGUAUUUAAUGUGAUCCUAAAAUACUUUAGUUACUCUGUGAUUGGUCUUGCAAAAACUCUUGCCACCAUCUUAACCAAACAGAUUCAAAAGUAAACCCAACCCCAACUUGGUCACUUUUGUUUUCCAGUGCUUCAAGCAGGUUGCCUGUUUUUUACUUUGAGUUGUCAUUAGUUAAUGAUGUUAACUUUUUGUUCUGAUUGAUAAUUGUGAUUACUUUGGUUUUGGCUUCAACUUUCACUUGAAAACUACUCUUACUGUUACAUGUACAUCAUUAAUUCAUUCAAAACAUGGAAGGAAGACAUAGUGUAAUGUACUAUUUGCAUUAGUUACAUGAUGGGGCAAUUGAACUGGCGAUUUUUAGAAAAACACAGAAUGAGUCAAAUAUAUAACAAUUAGCAAAAUGUUCAAUACAAGUUAAUUUGGCUGCAAUGGCCACAAAUUUUACAAAAUCCAGAAAAUGAUAUAAAUUUUUCUACAUGAAUGUAAUGCAAUAAAAUUUUGUAAAUAGUGAGAAAUUGUAGAUUACAAAUGGGGCAGUUUUUGCCAGCACCAUUAUCUGGAAAAGUCAGAAAACCAUGAACCUCUAAAAUGCUAAGGGAAUGUUUGGUAUAUAAUGAGGAGCAACAGUCAACUUGGUGAUUGUAACUCACAAGCAGACAACAGAGAGACAAAUUAGUAUCUACAUGCCAUUACUACUCCUGUGUACUGUUUAUUCUUGUCCCCCUCACAUCUUUGGACUUGUUUGUCACUGUGCAUUAACAAACAGAAAUAUUUAUAGUGUUCAUGGUUUUCUAGAACUUGCAGUAAAAAAGUGUAUAUAACUGAAAUACAUGUGAUGCUCAUUUCUAAAUUCUAGAUGUUGAGAGUGACUUUAGCCAAUGAUUUUCUUUUUUGUCAAAUCAGCAGUGGUAUGAUUUUUAUUAUUUACAGCAGAGUUAUCACCAGAUUAGAACAUCUGGUGCCAGUAUCAAGGAUACAAUAUUUAAUUUUCACAUUAAUGUUUAAGACAAGAAUUUCAAAAGUUGAAUAAAUAAAAUAGCAAAGAAAUAAAACAAAUACUAUU